AAACAUUUCACGUUGAUUAUUAUUAUUUAAAUUAAUGAAUUUAAUGCUUAAAUUGUGGAUAUAAUUAAUAAUUUUUAGAUAUAAAUCACCACUAUAGCUUAAACAUCAGUUCCAUCAAGCAUUAAAUUGUCGAUAUGAGCUGUAAACAUCAAAUUUAAUAUAAAUAUCAAUUUUGACAAUGUCUUUUAGAAUGUUUAAUCCAAAAGGCCUUUAUUUUGAACGUGUGGGACAUGCAAAAGAAUGUCGGUACAUUCACUUCAGGAAGCCAGUCAUUAAAAUAGGAAGAUCAUCUAAACUUGCCGAUGUGUAUUUCGGAACAUCAAAUGCACAUACAGUGUCUAGAGUACAUUCAAGACUGGAGUUUAAGAAUGACAGAAUGUACAUAGUCAAUUUAAGCAACACAAAUCCAACGUUCUUAAAUGACGAUAAAGUUAUUCGUCAGACGGAAGUCGAGGAAGGAGAUCUUAUUGGAUUUGGGAGCAGACCGAACUGUGCAUAUCCAAACUUUACUGAGGAACAGAUAUUUGUGUAUAAGUGCAAAAGUUUGAGCAAAUCAAAACAAAAUAACGUCAUUAUACUUGAUGAUAGUGAGGACGAAGAAGAAGUGCAAAUAAUUGAUGAGAAUGACAAUUCUAUCCAAACUGCUCCAAUAAAUAUAAUUGAAAUCAAAAAUAAAGAUUUUAGUCCUGAAUCAAAGAUAAAUGAGAUUGGAAUUGAAGCAUUGGUGGAACCACCACCUAUAAGAUCAGUUGAGCUGCCAAAAAGUUCUUCGAAAGAUAUCUCGCUUCAUAUAGACACAGUUGAAAGUAUUAAUGAUAUAUCGUCUUCAAAUAGUGAGUAUUCUGCUUCUGAAAAUGACGAGGAUUCAUCAGAUCAUUUAAUUAGAACUGAAAAUACGUUAAAUGUCAAAAUCGUAGUCAAAAAACUCACGGACGAGGAACUAGAGCAAUGGAAACCAAAGAAAGAAAAUGAGAAUUCAGAAAAUGAGUCUGAAUCUGAACAAGAUAUUGAAUCUGACGAUUUAGACAAUCAGAACCAGCCUGAAAUAGAUGAAGGAAAGAUCGAAAUCGGAAGACAAUAUUCAGAGAAAGAAGAAACUGUCCAAACUGAGACUUUACCAGAACAACGAAACUCAGAAAAAGAUAAAUUCUUCUUAAAUGGCUUAAACUUUUCAAAAUCUAAAUUUGAUAAUUUGGCAAAAAGCCUGGAAAUGCGUGAAAAGAUUCGUUCUCUUGUCGACGAUGAUGAUUCUGAUGAUGGAUUGUUCAGCAAUUUACCGAAAAAUUCACUACAAAAUAACACAAAAGUUCCGGAACCGAUCAAAAACCUAGACAGAAGUGAAAGUAUUGAAAAGAUUCAAAAAUCUGUGCCUAGUUAUAAGCGCCAAAUGUCUACAAAUGAGACUAAUAUAAACGGCAAAAAGUCAAAACCAGAUGAGCCAACGACAAGUAAAAAAAUGUACAAGUUUCCUGAAAGUUCUAGUUCUGAUAAACCAAAAGAUAAAGAUCCAGUGAAUAAUUUUAAUGCUGUAAAUCUAAAGGAUAAAGAUACAGCAAAACGAAGAUCUUCACUGUAUGAAAUGAAAAACAAUGACACAGACUCAAACGAUUCAACACAAAAAGAACCGUAUAAGAUUUUCAAACGUCGUAUGUCAUUAUGUCCAACAGCAGCACCAAAAAUAGUUUCACCACACAAUAGUAUCAAAAAGAAGAAGCUUCCACCACGCCGACAAACAAUUAGUGAAUCAAGAUUCACAGAAAUUGACAUGUUUAGUAAGGCAAGUGAAUUAAGAAUGAAGAAGUGGGGUCCGACUGGAAAGCCACCAAGUGAUGUUAAUCCACAAAAAGAGAUUCCUAAGAAAUCAGAAGCUGCAAUUACUGCCAAAAAGCCACAAAAUCGUGAUGAUGUUCGCGUGGAUAAAAAUAUAGUGAAUCUGGAAGUCAAGAAAAUUCUGGAUUCAAUUUCGAAUCGUCUAGAACCGAAAAUCAAUCCAUAUAUUGUUAACAAAAUGGUUCCACCUGUAAAUAAUGAGACUAAACAGGAAACGAGCAAGAAUCUUGAUGAUAUAAAGAAAGCUUCAUUAGUAAAAAUCAAGUUUACUCCAGUGACGCGUGGAGAAUGCUUGACAGAAGCAAUUCCAUUAACACGAACAAAACCGAUUGCUUUAAGACGAUUAUCAAGCAUUAACGAUCCACAGCCAUCAACAUCGAAAGAGGCAAUGACAGUAGCUUCAUUCUAUGACAAAUACGUAAAGCCUAAUGAUGUGCCAAUUAUUAAUAAAGAACCAUCAGUUGAUCCAAUUCCCGAAGAAGUUAUAGAGUCACUUAAUGCCAAAAUCAAUAUGGAAAUGAAGAAACAGCAUGAACAGUUAGCUAUUGAAACCACAUUAACCAUAAAUGAGCCGCAAUCACCGUCAGAAAGUAGUGAUUAUGAGGAACUCAAUUUAGACACCGAUGACGAUGAAGAUACUUUGGGAUUCUAUACUUUAAUUGACCACAAUUCAACACCAAAUGAGAUUCCAACGCCUUUUAUUGAUGCUGAUCUUGGAUCUCCAAUGAAAGAUGAUCCCCGUGGCAAGACAAAAUGGGUUUCAUCAGAGAAAAAUGAUGAGGAACCAACUGAAAAGACAUACGAACUGCAAAAGUUCCCAUCAACGCCUUAUUUUUCCACAACAAUUCACGUUCAUCAUGAGAAGCCUGUGGACGAAAUUAAAAAAAUUCUUAAGAUAUCACCAACUUAUUUAUCUCCAUCAAAACAGGUCAACAAGAAACGAGUGUCAUUCAAUGACUAUAAUCUAGUCGAUAUUGUUCGCUACGGAAUUGAUGACACGCCAAUUAGUACCUCUAAGCAGCAAGUCGCUCAUGUACCACCAAUGAGAUCUCCAGUCAAGAAUCCAAAAUUCUAUGAAUCUGCCGCAUGUGCUGAGCUUUUAGAAUGGGAUUGGAAGUGGAUAACAUUAAAUAAUGAACUUCCAGAAGGCUGGAAAGUGGAACCACACAAGCAUACAUAUAAAAGCUUACAGGAAUACAAGGAUGAAUUAAAAACAGUGAUGAAGGUUGAAUUAUUAAAGAAGCUGUCAUCCAAAUAUAAGACAAUAGCAUCGAAAGAGAAAACUUGGAACUUUAUGACCGUUAAGGAACGUAGAGAUGAUCAAAAUAAUCAUAUUAAAUUAGUUCUUGGAUGUGACUCAAAAGACUUGAAGCAAGGCACAAUGCUAUUGCUAAAAGUGAGAGAUACAAAUAAUGUGACUCGAAAACCAGUUGAUAUAAACUUUUUUGGAUAUGUGACAGCAGUCAAUGAUCGCGGUGAACUUAAAUUAGACACAUAUUGUAAAGAAUUAAGGAAAGAGAAAGCAGUCCUUAAAUCCACAUGCCUUAUACAUCUCAGAAGUGACAUAAAAUUAUUUGCCGUACUCAAUUGCAUCCAAGAAACUCCAUUUAUGAAAUUAUUUCUUAAUCCUAGUCUUAAUAAAAUGGAUAGGUAUGAAGGCAUGACAUCUGUUAGUUUAGAAUUUAAAAUUUCAUCUAUGAGACUAUGUCCUGAACAGAGAACUAUCAUUAAGAAACUCUCGCAUGAAUGCACAAAAAAAGACCAAGAGAAAAUAAUAUUUAUUAGUGGUGGAGCAGGAACAGGAAAAACAUACAUGAUGCUCGCUGCUGUGCUUAAUUUAAAAUUUUGUCUCAAAGAUAAAAGAAGAUAUUUGAUAUGUGCAUCAACUUUGUCAGGAAUUGAUGAAAUUGCUGAAACUUUAGUCAACAUUCAGCUCUCAUUAGCACUGAAUAUAGUUCGUAUUGGAUAUCGUGAACAGUCGAUUGGAAGUGGCAGAAAAUUAGGAAUAAAUGAGCAAGUUCAGCAGAAGCUUAAUAAUGGUGUUAAAGGAAAAAGUUAUAAGGAAAUCCAGAAAGAAAUUAUUGAGAAUGCAGAUAUAAUUUUAUCGACAGUCAAGGGUUGCUUUGAGCUUUUUGAUUAUCAACUGUCUUUUGAUACAUGCUUUAUUGACGAAGCUAAUUUUGCAAUUGAUGCUGAACUUAUGAUUCUAGUGCAAUUAAAUAUCAAGAAAAUGAUUUUUGUUGGUGACGAAUAUCAACUGGAACCAACUCAAUCACUCGUUUAUAAAGAGACACGAUGCAACAACUCAUAUUUUAAUAGAAUUAUGGAUUAUUAUAAAACAAUCAAUUUUAUCAAUGCUCCAGUCUUCACACUUUUAACGCAGCACAGAAUGAACAAAGAUUUAUUUUAUAUUUGCAACAAGCACGUCUACAAUGACUCUAUGACUUACAAUUCGAUAAAUUCAAUAUCGACUGCCAAUUUCCCAUUUAAGCCAUUUUCUGUAUUCACGUUAGACGUUACGACAAAUGAUCAGAAAUAUAUAUCAGACGAAAUUAAUUAUUUCUGCAUGAAACUGUGUGAAAUUUUGCCAAAAACUGUGUCCAUUGGAAUUGUGAAUGGAUUUCCAUCACAAAGAGACAAAAGUAGAAUUAAAUUAGAUACCAACGAUAGACGUAUUGAAUGUUUAGCAGUAGAAACAAUCCAAGGAAUUGAAAAAGAUGUGAUUAUAUUGACUUUAAGGAAUACAGAGACAUACUUUAUGCACAACUUUAAUCGUAUUAAUGUCGCAAUGACACGAGCGAGAAAAGCCUUGUAUAUAUGCUCAAAUAUGAAUAUGAUUCUAUAUCCGAACGAAGCAGGACUUUUCUUGCGGCUCAAGGAUGAUGCCAGAAAUCGAGAUUUAUAUCAUGUCAUUCAGAAACUUGAUUUUGAUAGAUUAUAUAGCAUAUUAAGAAAGUGAUAUUGAAAUUUUUGACGACAAACAUUCGUUUUUAAAACGAAACUUUUGAAUCAACAAUGAACAAGAUUUUUUUUUUAUUAUUUAAUUCGUCAUGCUGAACUUCAUCAUUUACUAAAAGGAAGAGAUUUAUGAAAAAUUUGUCUUAUUUUACUGCCUUCGAAAAUAUAGUAAGAUGUCCAAAGAAGCAUUUAGAGGAACUGUGAUCAAAGUGUUUAAGUUCUGUCGAUAGUCAUUUGCGUUUAAUUAGUUUUGAGAUUUUAUUUGAAAUUUUUUUAAAUCAGUUUAAAAAGCAGCAAUGUAAAUGGUAAAGGGUUUGAGUUGAUCUAGACCAUAAAAAGAAAUAUAAAUAUGGAAUGGAUAAAUUUCUGGAAAACAGUGGUUGUAGAUGAAUCAGGUAUAAUCGAGAGCUGUAUCAUUUGGAACAGGAAGCCAAAUAAAUGAAAAUAAUGCUUACAUCUGAUCCGGAGCAACAAAUAUGCUGGAAAUUAAGCCAAAUAAAAUAUAUUUUCGAGAAACUCUAAACAUUAAAAUAGACUUAUAUGUGGUGCUUAUGCUAAGGAAAUAAUUUGGGGUGCAAAAAAAUCGGACCUCUUUUUGGAACGUUUUUAGACUAAAGAAUUGUAAAAUUUCAAUGAAUCUACGACCAGGCGCGUAGCCAGGAGGGUCUUGUCCCCCCCUUUAACGUUUUGAACUGCAGCGAGAGCACGGUCUAAAACGCUUAAGAGGUGGACAAUACGCGCCUGUCUAGGACACAUCUUUUUGAAAUUCUUUGAAGUUUACUUUGUACCAAUUCCUUGGAAAUGUUCAUGUGCCUGAAAAUCAAAUUUGACAAUAAAAAAAAACUUGGUGCUAAUUAUUAUGAUCUUUGAAAUUAAUGUAAAUUCUAUGAGAAAAUUUAAAAACUUUUUUAUAUUCUAUAAAAAAAAUCUUAUAAAUAUUUAAUCUUAAUCAUAGAUUAAGAUCUAAAAUCAUUGGUUCUAGAAUAAAAUUAAGUUUAAAGCAAAUUUAUUUUAAAUCCCGUGUAAUAUGAAAUGUAUAAAAUACAGAAACUAUUUGUUAUGUAAUCUUUUGAAUUAUGGAUGUGAGAAAAAAAGAAGUUCAAUAACUUGUUAUGCUGUAUUCGUGAUAAUACUCAAUCAAAAAGUUUUCAAUCUUUUUUCCGCACAUUUUACAUUUUAAAUAAAUAUCAGCAUAUAAAUGCGCAAUACAUGAAUCACAAGAUAUUAUGUGAUGACAUAAAGUUCUUGCUAUUUUAUUGCUUUCAUUUUUACAGUUCCAGCAUUUGUAAAUCGAUGACUUUUCAGGGAUUUUUUGGAAAAUUCUUUUUUGAUUUAAGCAUGAAAAUCUCUGCAUAAAACUUUUCACAUUGACGAUGUUGAGGAUGCAGGACAUAAAAUUAAAUUCAGUCAUGUUGUUGUUGAAAAAAUCAUGAAUUAAGAACAGCUCAUUCCGUGAGAAAUAGUUUAUUCCACUAGCCGAAAAUGCUAUAAUCUUCAUAGCAAGCACACAAGCUUCAACAUUCCUCUCCUUACCACUAACAAUAAAAAUCGGUUCCUUAUUUGUAUCUGGUGAAAUUACAAUCACAUUUGUUGCAGUCAUAAUCUUCUUGAUCUGUUUACCCUUCCUUCCAAUUAUACAAGGAAUAUCAUACUUCCUAAAAUAUGCCGUUUCCAGCUUAUCGCCUGGCUGGAGAUCAAUUUUUCGCUUCUUAUUUCGCAUCAAAUCGAAAUGCAUUGCUGACUCGCGAAUCUUUAUUCUCGCAACAUCAACACUGAACUUGUUAUCUCCAAAAAUUCUAAAAAUCGGUAGUUCAUUUGGACUUGGACAUUGAAUGUACGUGUGAGUUUCUUUUGAUAUUCUCUUAAUCUUAUAUCCUUUAAAUCCAAUUAUUUCUGCUGCAUGCUCAUUCGAUGGAACAAAUUCCUCAAAAUAAAAUUUUUUACAAAACAUAUUUUCACUACAUCCGAACUACUCUAAACGAUUCAGAACAAGAACUGAUCUUAAGAAUCGAGAUUUGCACUUGAUUGCUCAUUCCUCAUAUCGACAUAAUGCAUAUUGCAU